AUGGCGGAGAGGGCCCUCCGGCCCGCGGUGCCGGCGUCGCCCGAGCCGGCCUCCUCCUCCGCGGUCUCCACCGCGUUCGGCUCGCCGCUCGAGCCCGUCGCCGCGACGGCGGCGUCGGCGGCGGCGACGCCCACGCACGACACGUACGUGGUGCAGGUGCAGAAGGACCAGAUAUACCGCGUCCCGCCCCCCGAGAACGCCUAUCUCGCCGAGCGCUACCGGAACGAGCGCGGCGGCGGGGGCAACAAGAAGCGCGGGACUAGCAGCGAGGGGUCGGCCGCGUGCUCUCCGUGCGUCCUGCGCACGCUCGGGGCGCUGCUGGCGGCCGCCGCGCUGGUGAGCGCCGCCGUCCUCAUCUCCCUCGUCGUGCUGCGGCCGGGCGUCCCGGGCUUCUCGGUCGACAGGAUCACGGUGAUCAACUCGACGCGGCAGCAGCGCGUGGACUACGACGUCUUCCUCACGGCGGUGAACCCCAACAAGAUGACGGCGCUGUGGUACAGGAGCGGCAAGGCGAGGCUGACGCACCACGGGACGACCCUCGCCAAGGGCGACGUCGGGCAGCCCGCGGACGGCGGCGAGGACGCCACCGACUUCAGCGUGCUGCUGCAGGGGGUGAAGCACAACGGCCGCUUGCCCAAGGCGGUGGAGAAGGGGUUCAGCGGGUCCAAGGACCACCUCGCGCUCCAGCUGACCGUGGAGGUCACCGUGCAGGUGCACGUCGGCGCGCUCGGGUUCGGGCAGAGGAGGCUGGCCGUGGACUGCGGGAUCACCGCCGCCGGGCUGGGCAAGGACGUGCACAUUGCGUCGCAGAAUUGCAAGAGCAGCUUCCGGAACUGA